GCCUUCUCCCAUCAUGUCGAUUGUGCGCCAGGACGACGCUGCGCACGAUGCCCGUGUGCGAGGCUUUCUCGCGGAUGUGCUGGCUGCGUUCGAUGCUAGUGACCGCGGGGUCGCGCACGAUGCUGGUUUGGCUUCGCGCGAUGCUGGUGACCGGGAGGCUGGGCGCGAUGCUGGUCUGGCUGUGUGCGAUGCUGGUUUGGCUGCUCCCGACGCCGCUCUGGCUGCGCGCGACGCCACUCUAGCUGCGCGCGACGCCGCUCUGGCUGCGCGCGACGCCGCUCUGGCUGCACUCGAUGCCGGUGACCGCGAGGCCGCGUGCGAAUACGUCCUGAACACGUCGGGCCUCCGGAAACUUGGAGGCGCGAAGUCGUUGAUCCGGGAGAGCGUCGGAUUCGAACUGAAGUACCUCCCCGAAGUCCUGCGCGACGACAUGCAGCUGAGCGGCGGCUGCUAUACGGACCACUUACGUGACGAGGCCUGCGACCGGAUCGUGUGGGGCGCGGUCCUGGUCGCCGCCCAGCACGAGCUCGAGGUGCGCUACGCGGACUUUCGACGGUGCGCGCGGUGGACGCCCACGCCUGUGUACCCCUUCGAGUGGCUCCUCGUCCGACACUUCACGAGGCAGGAUGAGCGCGCGGUUGUUCUGCGCCUGCGCGACGCCCUACGGCGGAGCAUAGAGGCUCUCGAGCGCGUCCCGAAGCCCAGGACCGCGAACCUUGGCCCCAUCCCAUUGCGGUCGGGCUCGCUCCCUCUCCUGGCCGUGCACAUAAUAUACGAGCUGCACACGGUCGUUGUGCCCACGAUAUGCGUUGCAUCCCUCGGCGAACUGGAGGACUUGGUUGCGUACAUGGCGGAGCGGCGUAUGGGUAUCUUCGUCGUCGCCGUCCUCGCGCUGUCCGCGUGCAUGUACAUCUGGUAUCGCUCUCGCGGAACGUCGUGGCCAGCGGAAAGGGCGACGCGACAUAUAGUGAAGUUGCGGCAGAGAUCUCGCCAGGAACCCCUGCUUUGGAAGACGCUGUUGGCGCUGACGGGGAGGAUUCUGGAUGAGGAGGACAUGGACGAGACCGUCGUGGGGAAUAUACGCCGGAUAUUCGACCUGGUCGAUACGCGGAUGAUGCCCUAUCAGCAUCCUUCUGGAGAGCCUUUCCCGGGAAAGACGACUUUGGAGGCCAUGCAUGGGAGCAUGGUUUCUGUACCGAAUGGCGAGAAGCUCAUGGCGGAGAUCGUAGCUCGCAUCCGUCCCUUCGUUCAGCCUGAAACCGACGCGGAUCACGUUAGCACCGAAGCCUCUGCCACUACAGCAAAUCAUCAUUUCGAAGAACAGCGGCGAGCUGAUCUGGGUGCGCUCCUCUCGGACGCCUGCGACUAUUUCGGCUUCCACGACCCGUUCUUUGAGAUCCUCGGCCCGGCGGCGUACGCGGGGAUAGCGAGACUUGGGGUCCAGCCCGCGACGCGCUAUGCUGACGAGCUCAUCAAGUCCAUCGACGACGCGGUCGACGCGCUCCGCGAACUGGGAUCCAUCCCGGAGACUAUGCAGAACUUCGUCCGCAACAUGCAUCUGCGCCUGGCCUGGAUCGGCGGGAUUGGGUACGCGCAGACGGAUAUUGUGGCGCAGAUUGAGGUGUAUCGGCGUGAGCCCACGCGCGAGAAGCUGCAGGAUCUGCAGAAGAUUCUUGAUCACUAUCUGAGUGCUCUGGCCGCGGAUCCUCCGCCUUCCUUUCGCGACCUGCUCAACGCCAACAUGAGCAAGAAUGACAGGACGAAGCUCAUCCUUCGGGAGAUGUCCAAGAUCUGUUGCUUCACACUAGGCUGCCUCCCGCUCCUCGUCAUGAUGAAGUUGGCCAACAGCAAGCCCGAAGUCAUCCUCGGCGUGGUGUACACUUCGUUUUUGAAGACAGUGGUCAGCCCGUAUGGACUCGCGGCGCUGGAGGGGCUGUACGACUGGGCCACCGGGUACCGGAGGAAUGAGGAGGUGCAUAAAGCGGCUAACGUCGCUGCGGACCUCGAGCGCCUCGCGCGGUACCACCUCGUCGGCUGGCGGGCGCUGCAGGUGGCCAUUGGCGGGUCGGAGGCGGGGGCGGACGAGGCUAUCGUGCGCGCGCUCAUGGAUAGCAUCGUGAGCGCCGCGAAGCCGUCCAUCUUGGUCUCGCUCGUGGAGGCGCUGGACGGCAAGGUGGUGUACGGCGUCAAGCGAAAGACGUAUUUGCGGACAGACGCGUCACUAGGCGGGGCGCCUGCUACAUUGGUAGGCGGCGCGCGUGCUACGUCGCUUGUUGGGAGGACUUGGACUCCGACGAUGACGAUGACGACGCCGCCGCGAAUCACCGGCACUGAGGUUGCGGCAAUCAUCGACAAGCAAUCAGCCGCGAUCCCGUCCACCCCUUCCUCGACCGCUUCCCCUCUGCUCGUCAAUCCUCCCUCGCCCCGUUCACCUCGACUCAACGCUCAAUCUCAUGAGUGGUCUACCGUUCACGGCGACUCAGCGCAAAAUAGUCACCCCAUGCACGCAAAAGAGCCACUCCACGCACGCACGACUGCGGAGACGGAGGAAAGAGACGGGGAAUAA